UAUAUUCUGAAUGUAACGCCCGACCUUCCCAAUGUAUUUGAAGAGAGAAUCAAAUACAUGAACAUCCCAAUCACCGACCAUUGGAGUCAAAAUCUUGCCAGCUUUUUUCCAAAAGCUAUCGAAUUUAUCGACGAGGCCCGUGGCCAGAACAAAGGUGUGUUGGUGCACUGUUUAGCGGGGGUGUCGCGCUCGGUGACAGUGACUGUGGCCUACCUGAUGGCCCGCCAUCAUCUGUCACUCAACGAUGCCUUCUGCCUGGUGAGGGCCCGCAAGUCCAACAUUGCUCCCAACUUCCACUUUAUGGAGCAGCUGCAUACGUUCGAAAGGCAGCUAAACGAUGGCGCCAAUGCUCAGCCUCAUUCUGCUAAUCGAUCUCCAGCAGCAGUGAGAUGCCUGGCGUGCGGGCUAGUAGAUGCAGCCGACACUUGCCGCAAGUGCUGUGACCGUGUGGUGGACAGUGGAGGUGGAAGGGGGAGGCUACCCUCCCAGCCACCCCCCAGCACCACCUCAUCAUCAUCUUCUGCCACUUUCCUCUCGCCUUCCUCCCUUUCACUCAUAGGACAAUCUCCAGAUGGGUAUGGAGUUGACCGUUGGACGACCCCGUCGGAAACGACGCCCCGUAGUGGAGGCCCCCAAGGCGACGAUGCGUCUCUGGUCCAUGAGAUGAGCCAGGGCGGCAAUAGUUCCGGUGCCGCCUCUACUAUUUACAAAUUCUAA